AUGGCCCCGAAAGACAAUCUGCAGUCGCAGGCCAUCGGCCUGAUCUUUGGUUUUCCGGCCGUGGCAACUGUUGCAGUCGCUCUGCGUUUGUAUAGUCGACUUUUAACAAGAACAUUCGGACCUGACGAUUGGGUGAUUUGCUUUGCGGGAGCCCUCUACUGGGCCGAAACAGUGACUUCAUUCUACGUUAUUAAAUACCAAUAUAUCGGCUAUCAUGUCUGGGACAUUCCCAAAAACCCGCCAACGGUCCUAGGAGCCAAGUUUGCCUACAUGACCGAACUUCUAUACAACCCUAUUCUCGCGCUCGUCAAGACAUCCAUCUUACUGUUCCUUCUCCGCCUGACCGGCCAAAAGACAGCAGUCCGACGAGCAAUAUGGGCACUGCUAAUAUUCAACGGCUUGGCGAUGAUCGGAACCUUCCUGGUCACAACAUUCCAUUGCUACCCUGUUGCAGCGAACUGGAAUCCCGCAGCGUAUCCCGAUGCCAAGUGUGUCAACUUUGCGGACUUUGUUACCGGAACGGCUGCCGUGUCCAUCGUGACUGAUGGGUUGGUAUUGAUGCUUCCGACGUGGAUUGUGUAUAAUUUGCGGAUUCGACGGAAGCAGAAGAUUUUGCUGAUUGGGAUCUUGUCUUUUGGUUUGAUUACCGUUAUAUCAGGAAUCGUCCGCGUUGUCCUCCUCGACCGCUACGAUCGCCACCUCCCCGAAGAUUACACCUACUCGGUUCUCUUCUGUCUCUCUACGAUCGAAGUCGGGUUAUCCUUUAUCGCAGCCUGCGCACCGUCUUUUAAACCGCUCGUCAUGACAAUCAUACCAAAGAUGUUCGGCACGAAGAGCCAGAGCGGGGACAAAUAUAACGGGACCUAUAGUCGGAAUGGACCGGGGUACGCAUUGGAGGAUCGAUCGAAGAUGUCCCGUCGGACGCACAACGGACACAACUCGACGCAGAUUCAGGGAGGCGAAGAGGUCACGGUGUCGAGUCCUAGCAGUCAGAAUGACAAGAACGGGAUUAUGAUGACGACGGAGAUGGAGGUUAGGUGGUAUGGAACUAGGCAGGCGAAUGAUGGAAGUAGUACGGAGAGUUUGAUGCAGCCGGUGAGAUGA